GUGGGCCGGACGGAGGCGGGUCGGCAGAGUGGGCCGAUGCAGAGAGGCCCUGAGAGGUGGAGGGGCGGGGCGAGCCGGCCCCGGCGCGGGGCCCGGGAAGACCUGAUGCCCCAGCGGCGAGGUGGUAGUGGUCCCCACGCCUCGGCACGUGCGGCCAGCAGGAGGGACGGAGGGAAUAGAGGAAAAAGAGAGCGAUGCUGAUCUCAGGGAGAACGACGGAACCUUCUUAGCCACGCAGACCCCGCAGACUCUGCCCAGCUUCAGACACAACACGGCUUCUCCAGGCAGCUCCGCUUCUGAACUGGGAUUACCUCUCUAGCACACCCUGGACAAUUUCACUUGGUAGAGGAAGGAGACUGUGAGAUCGUGGCUGGGAGCCAGGUUGAAGCCGCUUGCCCACCUCUGCCCAACCAAGGGGCAGCUCACAGCCUGGGAACAGCAAGUGGCUGCAGGCCGCGGACACAGUGAGGAUAUGAGUGUCGGGGGGAGCUCCUCCCCUCCUCUCCCCCCAACCUCAGACACAAGCCCGGUCAUCUCUACCUUCUCUGAAGUGGACUAUGUGGUGUUCGUCCUGCUGCUGGUUCUCUCGCUUGCCAUCGGGCUCUACCACGCCUGCCGUGGCUGGGGGCGGCAUACCGUUGGCCAGCUGCUGUUGGCAGACCGCAAGAUGGGCUGUCUCCCAGUGGCGCUGUCCCUGCUGGCCACCUUCCAGUCGGCCGUGGCCAUCCUGGGUGUGCCGUCUGAGAUCUACCGAUUUGGGACUCAAUAUUGGUUCCUGGGCUGCUCCUAUUUUCUGGGGCUGCUGAUCCCCGCACACAUCUUCAUCCCUGUCUUCUACCGCCUGCAUCUCACCAGUGCCUAUGAGUACCUGGAGCUCCGAUUCAACAAAGCAGUGCGGGUUUGUGGGACCGUGACCUUCAUCUUUCAGAUGGUGAUCUACAUGGGGGUCGUACUCUACGCACCGUCACUCGCCCUCAACGCAGUAACUGGCUUUGACCUGUGGCUGUCAGUGCUGACCUUAGGCAUUGUCUGCACCAUCUACACUGCCCUGGGGGGUCUGAAGGCCGUCAUCUGGACAGAUGUGUUCCAGACGCUGGUCAUGUUCCUGGGGCAACUGGCAGUUAUCAUCGUGGGGUCGGCCAAGGUGGGCGGCAUAGGACACGUGUGGAAUGUGGCUUCCCAGCACGGCCUCAUCUCUGGGAUCGAGCUGGAUCCAGACCCUUUCGUGCGGCACACUUUCUGGACCUUGGCCUUCGGGGGCAUCUUCAUGAUGCUCUCCUUGUACGGGGUGAACCAGGCCCAGGUGCAGCGCUAUCUCAGUUCCCGCACAGAGAAGGCCGCAGUGCUGUCCUGCUACGCCGUGUUCCCCUGCCAGCAGGUGGUCCUCUGCAUGGGCUGCCUCAUUGGCCUGGUCAUGUUCGCCUAUUACCAGGAGUAUCCCAUGAGUGCCCAGCAGAGUCAAGCAGCCCCUGACCAGUUCGUCCUGUAUUUCGUGAUGGACCUCCUGAGAGACCUGCCCGGCCUGCCUGGGCUCUUUGUCGCCUGCCUCUUCAGCGGCUCCCUCAGCACCAUCUCCUCUGCUUUCAAUUCACUGGCGACGGUCACGAUGGAAGACCUGAUCCGACCCUGGUUCCCUCAGUUCUCCGAGUUCCAGGCCACCAUGCUUUCCAGGCUCCUCGCCUUUGCCUACGGGCUGCUUUGUCUGGGCAUGGCCUAUAUUUCUUCCCAGAUGGGACCCGUGCUGCAGGCAGCGAUCAGCAUCUUUGGCAUGGUUGGGGGGCCACUGCUUGGACUCUUCUGCCUUGGGAUGUUCUUUCCUUGUGCCAACCCUCCUGGUGCCAUCGUGGGCCUGUUGGCCGGACUCACCAUGGCCUUCUGGAUCGGCAUCGGGAGCAUCGUCACCAGCAUGGGUGCCGGCGUGGCUCCCUCCCCCCCGAACGGGUCCAGCUUCUCCCUGCCCGGCAAUCUGACCACUGCCGCCGUGACCACACUGAUGCCCACAACCACCCUCUCCAAGCCUGCAGGGCUGCAGAGGCUCUACUCCCUGUCGUACUUAUGGUACAGCGCUCACAACUCCAGCACGGUCAUCGUGGUGGGCCUGACUGUCAGCCUGCUCACCGGGGGCAUGCGGGGCCGGACCCUGAACCCUCGGACCAUUUACCCGGUGCUGCCCAGGCUCCUUGCCCUCCUGCCCCUGUCCUGUCAGAAGCGACUUCACUGCAGAAGCUGCAGCCAGGACUUGUGCGUGGACACCACUGUGUUUCCGGAGAAGAUGAGCAACGGGAUGCCGAGGGGCAAGGAGGCGGUGGCAGCGCCUGCCGAAGGCUCAGCCCAGCAGGGGAGCAGCCCCACCUUCAUCCUCCAGGAGACCUCGCUGUGAUCCUGACCUGAGGCCAAGGCCGCCUGCAGGGAAGCCCCACUGGACGGCUCAGCCCACACCAAAAGACCUGGUCCCUGGGGCUCUCGCUGCCAUAGAAACAGAUGACCGGCUCUGGAACUGUGAGGGUCCAGGUUUUUCUUGCCCAUUGUCAGGCCUGCAGGGAGCAGAAUUUUGCCAGGAAAGGGGACAGAAGUGAAUCUUCUGGGAAAAGGAAAAUGGCUCCUUACUCAAAUGGACAGAAAGGGUAUUACAGGCUCGCAUUGCUCUGGGACCCCGUUUAGCGAGUUCGACCUCCUCAGACCUGACCAGCUAUCGCUUCCCUUGCAGGAAAGCAUAGAUUCUGCAGAGGCACAGGGUCCCUGGGACUCCUUUCUGGUUGGCUGUGACCCCCAGGUCCUUCAUUCCUAUCUGUCUACCUCUAUUCUUGAGAGGGAGGUUUUGUCCCGAGACAUGGACAGGUACGUUCAUCUCCUUUGUGUAAGCUUCAGGAGCUUCCACUGCCUGCCCGCCCCUCUAAUGGGCGCCUGGGGACGGGGCACAUACUGACCCAAGAGACCAGGGCACGACCAGGGUCCACUGUGGAGGUGUCAUCCAUCUAGUCUUGUGCCACUCUGUCACUGUGAUCCUGUUUCCCUGUGGACUUUCUUUCCCACAUAUCUUUGUUCCUAGGGAAUAAAAACUACCUUUGGACGUGC